AUAAAGUACUGGGUAUAGUUCCCUGUGCUAUACAGUAGGUCCUUGUUGUUUAUCUGUUUUAUAUAUAGUAGUGUCUAUAUGUUAAUCCCAAACUCCAAAUUUAUUCCCCCUUCCUCCCCCCUCCCUUUUCCCCACCCACUAUCCCCUUUGAUAACCAUGUUUGUUUUCUGUGUCUGUGAGUCUAUUUCUGUUUUGUAAAUAAGUUCAUUUGUAUCAUUGUUUUCGAUUCCACAUAUAAGUGAUAUUAUAUGGUAUUUGUCUUUGUCUGGCUUACUUCACUUAGUAUGAUAAUCUCUAAGUCAAUCCAUGUUGCUGAAAAUGGCAUUAUUUCAUUCUUUUUAAUAGCUGAGUAAUAUUCCAUUCCAUACCACAACUUCUUUAUUCAUUCAUCUGUCGAUGGACAUUUAGGUUGCUUCCAUGUCUUAACUGUUGUAAAUAGUGCUAUGAACAUUGGGGUGCAUGUAUCAUUUAAAAAAAAAUUUUAUUGGAGUAUAGUUGCUUUACAAUGUUGUUAGUUUCUGCUGUACAGCAAAGUGAAUCAGCCAUACGUAUACAUAUGUCCCCUCUUUUUUAGAUUUCCUUCCCAUUUAGGUCACCACAGGUCAUUGAGUAGAGUUUCCUGGUGCUGUACAGUAGGUUCUCAUUAGUUAUCUCUUUUAUACGUAAUAGUGUAUAUGUGUCAACCCGAAUCUCCCAAUUCAUCCCACCCCCCUCUUCCCCCCUUGGUAUCCAUAAGUUUGUUCUCAACAUGUGUCUCUAUUUCUGCUUUGCAAAUAAGUUCAUCUACCAUUUUUCUAGAUUCCACAUAGAAGCGAUACUAUACAAUAUUUGUUUUUCUCUUUCUGACUUACUUCACUCUGUAUGACAGUCUCUAGAUUUAUCCACAUCUCUGCAAAUGGCACUAUUUCAUUCUUUUUUAUGGGAGAGUAAUAUUCCAUUGUAUACAUGUACCACAUCUUCUUUAUCCAUUCCUAUGUUGAUGGACAUUUUUUUAAAAAUAUUUAUUUAUUUAUUUGCUUGCAUGGGGUGUUAGUUGCAGCAGGCAGGCUCCUUAGUUGUGGCUUGCCAGCUCCUUAGUUGCAGCACACAGGCUCCUUAGUUGCAGCACACAGGCUCCUUAGUUGCAGCACAUGGGCUUCUUAGUUGUGGCAUGCAAACUCUUAGUCAUGGCAUGCGUGUGGGAUCUAGCUCCCUGACCAGGGAUCGAACCUGGGCCCCCUGCAUUGGGAGCACGGAGUCUUAUCCACUGUGCCACCAGUGAAGUCCCAUGUUUUAUGUAAUUUUUAUUGGGCCAUUUUUUCUUAUUACAAAAAUUACUUAUGAGCAUUGUGCAUGUGUCUUUUUGAAUUAGAGUUUUCUCUGGAUAUAUGCCCAGGAGGAAGAUUGCUGGAUCCUAUGGUAGCUCUAUUUUUAGUUUUUUAAGGAACUUCCAUGCUGUUGUCCAUAGUGGCUGUACCAGUUUACACUGGCACCAACAGUGCAGGAGGGUUCCCUUUUCUCCAUACUCUCUCCAGCAUUUGUUAAUCGUAGACUUUAAUGAUGGCCAUUCUGACUGAUGUGAGGUGAUACCUCAUUGUAGUUUUGAUUUGCAUUUCUCUAAUCAUUAGUGAUGUUGAGCAUCUCUUCGUGUGCCUUUUGGCCAUCUGUAUGUCUUCUUUGGAGAUGCCUAUUUAGGUCUUCUGCCCAUUUUUUGAUUGGGUUGUUUGCUCUUUUGGUAUUAAGCUGUAUGAGCUGUUGGUAUAUUUUGGAAAUUAAUCCCUUCAGUAACAUAAUUUGCAAAUAUCUUAUUCCAGUCCAUAGAUUGUCUUUUCAUUUUUUUAAUGGUAGGAUCAGAAGUCUUUAUGGUAGGGCUACUGUGUUUGGCUGUGCUGGUUGUUCACUGUCCAGUGGCCACUGGCUGACAGUCCUGCUAGUAGCUGCAGUCUACUCCAAGCUCUGCUCCCCGAGCUGUAUGUGAGCACCUCUGCCUGCGAGUAUGAGUGCUCACAUGUAAUUUCUGCAAAGAUCCACGUGGGCUUCUGACAGCCCUGGCCUGCAUCUCGUGGCUUCUUUGUCCUUCCCCAGUUAUGCCUUCUCAGGACUCUGACCUUCCCCGGAAGGAGUGGGAGAAAAUGACCGAGUUUCAGGAGGCAGUGACCUUCAAGGACGUGGCCGUGACCUUCACCGAGGAGGAGCUGGGGCUGCUGGAUUCCGCCCAGAGGAAGCUGUACCAGGAUGUGAUGGUGGAGAACUUCCGGAACCUGGUCUCAGUGGGACAUCUUCCCUUCAAGCCAGAUAUGGUAUCCCAGUUGGAGACAGAAGAAAAGCUUUGGAUGAUGGAGAGAGAAACCCAAAGAAACGGGCAUUCCAGUCAGAACCACAAAGCUAUUACUUCAGGCAGCAAGAAUUCCGAUGAGGUGGAGACUCUUGGAAAAGUCGCAUUAAAAUACCUUUCACACGAAGAGCCGUCUUGCUGGCAAAUCUGGAAACAGGUCACAAGUGACUCAACAUGCUGUCUUCAGAGGAGGAGUUCCCAUUUCCUACAAGGUGAUUCUCUUCAGGUUUCUGAAAAUGAGAACCAUAUGAUGAACCACAAAGGCGAUAAUUCCAGUUACCUUGAAAAUCAAGAAUUUUUGACUUCGAGAACCCACGAUUCCUGUGGGAAUACGUAUGUGAGUGAGUCAGGGAAUCAGAGUAGAGGUAAGCAAACGAACGGGAAGAACAACCCACGUAUAUGUGAAGCCUUCAUGAAGAGAUCACCCCUGAGUGAUCCUGUUAAAACUGACACAGAACAGAAACCCUGCGAAGGAGAGACACCAUGUCCCUGUAGAGAGUGUGGGAAAAGCUUCAGUGAUAGCAAAGUGCUCCCAAUUCAUCCGAGGGUUCGCCUGGGAGAGAAAUGCUCCCAUCUGCAAAGUCAUCAAAGAAUUCACCUGCGAGGGAAAGUCGAUAAAUGUCGUGAAUCCGGCGACGGUUUCAAUAGGAACUCCUUUCAUCCCCGUCAAUCUAUUCACGUGGGAGAGAAGUCCUAUAGGUGCGACAGUUGUGGCAAGGGAUUCAGUAGCAGCACAGGCCUUAUCAUCCACUACAGGACACACACGGGGGAGAAGCCUUACAAAUGUGAGGAGUGCGGUAAGUGCUUUAGCCAAAGUUCAAAUUUUCAGUGCCAUCAGAGAGUCCACACCGAAGAGAAACCGUACAAGUGCGAUGAGUGCGGGAAGGGCUUCGGCUGGAGCGUUAACCUUCGUGUUCACCAGAGGGUCCACAGGGGUGAGAAACCCUAUAAGUGUGAGGAGUGUGGGAAGGGCUUCACGCAGGCCGCGCAUUAUCACAUACAUCAGAGGGUCCACACUGGGGAGAAACCCUACAAAUGCGAUGUCUGUGGCAAGGGGUUCAGUCACAAUUCCCCUUUGAUAUGCCACCGGAGGGUCCACACUGGAGAGAAACCGUACAGAUGUGAGGCGUGCGGGAAGGGCUUCACCCGUAACACAGAUCUUCACAUCCACUUCCGUGUCCACACGGGAGAGAAACCCUACAAAUGCAAGGAGUGCGGGAAGGGCUUCAGUCAGGCUUCCAAUCUGCAAGUCCACCAGAACGUCCAUACCGGGGAGAAACGAUUCAAAUGCGAGACGUGUGGGAAGGGCUUCAGUCAGUCGUCAAAGCUGCAGACCCACCAGAGAGUCCACACAGGGGAAAAGCCCUACAGAUGCGACAUGUGCGGUAAGGACUUCAGUUACAGUUCAAAUCUUAAACUGCACCAAGUCAUUCACACUGGAGAAAAACCGUAUAAAUGUGAGGAGUGUGGGAAGGGCUUCAGUUGGAGAUCAAACCUUCACGCUCAUCAGAGAGUCCACUCAGGAGAGAAACCCUACAAAUGUGAGGCGUGUGAUAAGAGCUUCAGUCAGGCCAUAGAUUUCCGGGUCCAUCAGAGAGUCCACACGGGCGAGAAACCCUACAAGUGUGGUGUCUGUGGGAAGGGCUUCAGCCAGUCCUCUGGUCUUCAGUCCCAUCAGAGGGUCCACACUGGGGAGAAGCCCUACAGAUGCGACGUGUGUGGAAAGGGUUUUCGUUACAGUUCACAGUUUAUAUACCACCAGAGGGGCCACACUGGUGAAAAGCCUUACAAAUGUGAGGAGUGUGGGAAAGCCUUUGGGCGGAGCCUGAAUCUUCGCCAUCAUCAGAGGGUCCACACAGGAGAGAAACCGCACAAGUGUGAGGAGUGUGGGAAGGCCUUCAGCCUCCCCUCCAAUCUUAGAGUCCAUCUGAGUGUUCACACUCGGGAGAAACUGUUUAAAUGUGAGGAGUGUGGAAAGGGCUUCAGUCAGAGUUCUCGGCUUCAAGCCCACCAGAGGGUCCACACAGGAGAAAAACCAUACAAGUGCGCCAUAUGUGGUAAGGACUUCAGUCACCGUUCACGGCUUACAUACCAUCAGAAAGUCCACACUGGCAAGAGUCUUUAAAAGUGAGAAGUCUGUUAAUGACUUCAGUCAGGAGGCACAUCUUCAAGGUUUUGGAGAGUCCAUGCUGCUGAUAAACUCUAUGAAGAAUUGAGAGUGGAAAGGGAUUCUUUCAGGUGGAAUCUUCCCAGCAAAUCCGUUAAAAUGGUGACAUAGAACCAUACAUAGCAACGGGAGAAAUAGGUUGUAACCCUCUUGGUAAGAUCCAUUUGAUACAAAUGAUCUCUCAAAGUGAAUAUAUGCCUAAAGACAGUGUGUGAGAAGGAUAUUUGCCAUAUACUAACUAGUUUUUUUUUGAGGGGGGACAUCAAGGAGGGCUUUGGGGUUAUUUUUCCAUCCACUUCCAUUUUAUUCUUGUUUACAGUGACCAUUAUUUUUACUAAAGCUGUAAAACUAUGAAAAAUGAAAUGAAUAAAAUUACUAAAAAUUUCCUGUAGCCAAGAAUUUGUAAAAUGAUUGCUUUAUUUCAUAUGAUAUAUUGGAUUAAAAUUAAGGAAUAGAUCCCCAGAGAUGAACCUUUGAUCUUCAGAAGUAAAUACGUAUCUGCCACAGAUGUAUAUAAAGGAAUGUUCAUUGCAUUAUUAUUUAUAAUAGCAAACAAAUAAUCAGUUGGGUUGCCAAAGUAUUUUAUCCAGUACUUAUCCAGUGCAAAUUGUUGCUAUGGAUGUUGGAAGAUGUCCAGAAUACAUUAACCUGGAAAAACAAAGCAUGGGACUUUUGUGUGAUCUCAUUAAAAAAGAAAAAAAAAAAAAGGUAUUUAUUUUUACUUAUCUCUAAAUGAUGGGAUUUUGCUUGACAUAAAUUUUUACAUUUCUUUAAACUUCUUGUUUUGAAAUAAUUUAAAACUUUCCAAAUAUUGUAAAAAUUAUAUAAAAUCUCUCAUUACCCUGUACUCAGAUUCACCAGUUAACAUGUUUGAGUCAUUAUUCUCUUAAUGUAUAUGAAUGUGUAUAUAUGCACACACGUUGACAUAUGCUUUUUUUUUGACCAUGAGUAUGUUCCAGACCUCUUAGCCUUUGCAUCUGAAUACUUAAGUAAUACUGUAAGAACAAGGAUAUUUACUUACAUAUCUACAGCACAAAUAUAGCAUUCAGGAAAAUUGAAUAUUGAUACAUAACAUCUAACCUCCAGACCUUAUUCAAAUUUUAGCAGUUGUCUCUCUCUCUUUCUCUCCCUCUCCCCCUCCUCCCUCCCUCUCUCCUUUAUUUUUUUGGUAGGUGACAGAAUUAAAAUCAACUUAUCAACAAAUCUUCAAAGAAAGGUCUAUAUUUGCCUUUCACAUAAUUUGAUUAUUCACCAUAUGAAUAUCCAGUUGUUCCUAUACCAGUUACUGAACAUUUCCCUUAUUCCCCACUACCUUGCAGUGCCACUUUUGAAGAAAAUCAGUAAUCUGUAUAUGACUAGAUGGAUGUCUUGACUCUCAAUUCCCUUUGAUUGGUCUACUUUUCAGUAGUUUUACCAAUGCCACACUGCGUCAGUUACCAUAGCUUUGCAACGAGUCUUGAUAUUUGGUAGAAAACAUUUUCUCAUCUUGCUCUCUUUUUAGAUGUCUUGGCAGCUUCCAGUUAGGGUAAUAGGAGAUACAAACAGAACCACCCAUGAAGUAUGCUUUCCAAAAAAAAAAUAAACCUGAAUCAAAUUGAACCUCCAAUUCUAACCACUGGUACACAGGAAAUACAUAUGGAGAAAUAUUUGUGACAACAUGAAUAAAACUGUAGGGCAUAUGCUAAAUGAAAUGAAAGAAAAAUAAUGCAUAGUGUCAGUUAUAUGUGGAAUCUAAGGGGAAAAAAGGUCAAACUUAGAAACAUUUAGUGUGAUGGUGGUGGUUGCCUGUGGAAUGGGGAGAGGUUGGUUAUAAAAAGGGUACAGACUUUCAGCUUUAAGAUGAACAAGGUCUGAGGAGCUAAUCUAUGGUGACUACAGUUGAUGAUGCAGUAUUGUAUAGUUGAAAUUUGCUAAGAGAGUAGAUAUUAAACAUUCUCACUCCUCUCCCCCCAAAAGAGUUAGCUAUGUGAAGUGAUGAAUGUGUUAAUUAAUUCACUUGUGGGAGUCCUUUCACAAUGUAUAUGUAUAUCAAUUCAUCACAUAUACUUUAAAUAUAUUACAAUUUUACUUGUCAAUUAUACCUCAUAAAGCUGAAAAAAGUUGAAUUUGUUACCGUUAUCUGAGCAGGAUACCC